AUGAACUUCAACAACAUCUCCCUUUGCGUACGCCGCAGGGCCACAGCUCGUAAUGCUUACUCUCUUUUCCGCUAUUACUCAUCUUCUUCUUCUCCAGAACCUUACGAUGUUGUCAUCAUUGGCGGUGGACCUGCUGGAUUGACCCUUGCAACCGCACUCAAAAACUCUCCCUAUACUCGCCGACUCAAAACCCUUUUGGUGGAAGGUGGGAGUCUUGCACAUAUCGAGAAUUGGGCUCCUGGUCCAGAUCACUACGAAAAUAGAGUUAGCAGUUUGACACCACGAUCUGCCGCUUUCUUGAAGCGUCUCGGGGCUUGGGACGGACACAUCACUCAAGACCGUGUCAAGGCAUACGACGAAAUGAAGGUGUGGGAUGGGCUCGAUGAUUCAGCAAGAAUCGAGUUUUCACCUGACAUUUUGGGCCAGAAUGUGGAUAUCGCUUAUAUGAUUGAAAACUUUAAUUUGCAACAUGGUCUGCUGUCGCGAUUGGCAGAACUCAAUUCCCAGGACGAAAACAAAACAAUCAUUAAAGACAAGGCUCGCGUCAAAUCAAUUGUGCGUGGAGCAGAGUGGCCUGUGGUGGAACUCGAAUCCGGUGAAACAUUUUCUGCUCGACUACUUGUGGGCGCUGAUGGAGGCAAUUCCCCCGCACGUGCCUUUGCACAGAUUGAGGCUCGUGGUUGGGAUUAUAACCGUCAUGGGCUUGUUGCCAGCGUAAAGCUUGAAUGGGAAGAUUUCCGGUCAGUUGCAUUCCAGAGAUUUUUGAAAACUGGACCUAUUGCUUUAUUACCUCUUCCAGAUGGAUUUGCAUCACUUGUAUGGUCAUGUACACCUAAAAUGGCUGCUCAACUCAAAUCACUCCCCCCCGCUGCAUUCUGCUCAAUGGUCAAUGCUGGAUUCCGCCUGGGCCCUGUCGAUAUUGAAUACAUUCUAACCACAGCAGCUGAGCAAGUUGCUGCUGGUAAACCCGAUGUUUCUGAAUGGGUGCAAGAUGAAUUGGAAUGGCGCUUGGAAAAUGUGGAACUUGUAGACGAAGAUAACAACCUACCGAUCCAGAUUGUGGACGUUUUACCCAAGUCACGGGCAUCAUUCCCUCUUAAAAUGAAGCAUGCAGAUACCUAUGUUGCCGAAAGGGUUGCACUUGUAGGAGACGCGGCUCACACAACGCACCCGCUGGCCGGGCAGGGUCUCAACAUGGGACAACAAGAUGUUGAAAGUCUUGUUGGGGCACUGGAAACUGCAACACGCCGCGGACUCGAUAUUGGAUCUUUGCUUGCGAUUGAGCCGUACUGGUCAGAACGGUACUUUGCUAACCACUUGAAGCUUGGGGUUGUGGACAAGUUGCACAAGCUUUACAGCUUUGACGCGGCGCCAAUUGUAGCUCUACGAUCUUGGGGGCUUUCGUUUGUUAAUAGUCUCGACACUAUUAAACGGGAGCUGAUGCGCCAGGCUUCCAAUUAA